AAUUAUGAGUCAAUGGGGUUAUUCCACGUUUAUUACCUAAUUGGGAAGAGUUUUACUCGAAUGUUUCUUCCCGCAUGCUAAAUUCCAACUUAAAUCUUCCAACCCCAGUACGUCAUCGUCAUCAUCUUCUUUUCAUAUACCAAUAUACGAAAUAAUAUAUACCAAAAAAAGAAGAGAAAGAAAUAAUGGCCGAACCACAACCACGAACCGUACACGAGGGUGCUACCACCGGCGAUGUCGAAGACGAAGUUCAAACUACAGCCAAGUCGGCCGAAGACCGGAAGGCCGCCGCUGCCAUGGCCAGCCUUGACGCGCGGGGAGAUGACGCUGGUGCCUCGGGCAACGCUGUAGAUCAAGAGGCCGUAAGCAAGGCUAUGAAGAGUCUCGGAAAUGGUGGUGUCGAAAAGAAAGAAGUCAAGAAGGUCAAGGUCGAUGCUGCUGACGUUACAUUACUGGUCGACGAACUGGAUCUUACAAAAACGAAAGCCACCGAAUUGCUUAAAGCGCACGACGGCGAUGCAGUACAAGCUCUCAGGGCUUUUAUUACUUUAUGAGAAGGAUGCCGAGUCGGAAAUGAGCAAAAAUAAAAAAUAAUAAAAUCCCAAAUCUAUGGCCACACUAAAAAGGGGGCGCCACGAGGCCGUCAGAGUGACAAAAGAAAUUGAAUAUAUCCAGUACGAUCUAGGAAAUAUAUGCGCCCGGGGAAAAGCCAACGGACCAACUUGUUACCCGUCUUAUCAUGGCCGUCAUGUCAAUCAGGCUCUCUAGGUUUCACGAACCAAGCCAAGCAAAUUUACGGAUCGCCACAGCACGCAGGACAAAUAAAGUUGAUUGAGAAAAAAAAAAGCCAUGUUUCAUUGGUUUCUAACUUAUACCCUAUGAAAUAGAAGUGCCUCUCGAACCGAGAUAUACGCUAAGCUUCGUCUGGACUUUUGGCGCUCUCAAGAAACCAAUCCACGAUCGUUUCGCUUGAAUUAACUGGUAACGGACUAGUAAUACAGUGUUACUUAUGUGUGCUUAUACGGUAAAACCCCCCCUUGCCUUGGAAUUAGUUCCGCUUUCGGUACGUCUCCUUGCUAGCUCAUGUCGAAAUAAUAUUACUGCCGCCACUAUGAAUUCAGCCCUGUGUGCUU